UCAAAACCCGACAGCUAGCGCCCCUAGGCAGGCGGCACCCCAACUGCCGUUCCAUAACGUCCCCGGACACCCAUCCAACUCGAAUACAGGGGUGUGGACUCGAAAUUGAGUACGUUUUGAAAUGCAACGAGUACACAAAGAAUCGUUUCUGCGGCGUCUACCCUAGUGAUAAGAUUCCUAUGUUUACUUCCGGCCUUUCCUGCCAAAUAAUUGUCGCCAAUAGUCAGAGAUCGAAUAUGCCAGGAAAACAUUGGCUAUUAUUCUUAGUACCUAAAGAUGUCCACUCAGAUAUCUACUUUGUGGACUCAUAUGGGAAAAAUGUGGACUUUUACAACUCCGACAUCGGUCGGUACGCACAUUUGUCGGAUAGAAAGGUCCGGCAUACAGGGAUUACUCUACAAGGGUACGACACGAACGUGUGCGGCCAGUACACUAUAUAUUUCGCCGUAGAAUGGAGCAAAGGAAGGUCUGUGGAGGACAUAUUAACGGACUUUUCUGAAAUCACUCAAAUGAACGAUGCUCUCGUAGAGAGAUACGUCAAUACUCUUCCAUUUUGCUGCCCUGGAUCCAGGAAAGGACAAACUUGUAAAACUAAGCGAUCGUAUGAAAAUUAA